AUGAAGCUCUUUUUGGUGUUAGGUUUGAUAAUAGCCAGCAGUCAUGCUGAGAGGCGGUUUCCAGAUGACUUCCUGUUCGGUACUGCUACAGCAGCUUAUCAAAUAGAAGGAGGAUGGAAUGCUGACGGUAAAGGUGAAAACAUUUGGGACCGCUUGACUCAUACUAAGCCCCAUAUAAUCACAGAUAUAAGUAACGGAGAUGAAGCAGCUGACACAUAUAACAAUUACAAGCGAGAUGUUGAGAUGAUGAGAGAACUUGGCUUAGACGCAUACCGGUUCUCAUUAUCCUGGGCCAGAAUCCUUCCUAAUGGACUGGCAAAUGAAGUUAACGAGGCUGGCGUUGCUUUCUAUAACAACUAUAUCGACGAAAUGUUAAAAUAUAACAUUACACCAAUGGUUACUUUAUAUCAUUGGGAUUUACCUCAAAAACUGCAAGACCUAGGAGGAUUUAUAAACCCAUUAUUCCCCGAAUGGUUUGAAGAUUACGCUCGUGUCGUAUACGAAAAUUUCGGAGAUAGAGUCAAGCACUGGAUUACAUUUAAUGAACCAAGAGAAAUAUGUUACGAAGGUUAUGGAUGGGAUACUAAAGCCCCUAUCGUAAACGCAACGGAUGUCGGGACCUAUUAUUGUGCCAAAAGUCUAGUACUGGCGCAUGCGAGGGCAUACCACGCGUAUGUAAAUGACUUCAAGACAAGUCAAGGUGGUGUUUGUGGUAUUACAAUUAGUGUUAAUUGGUUUGGACCUUUGACUGAUUCUGAAGAAGACGAGCAAGCUGCUGAAAUAUGUAGGCAAGCUGAGUGGGGUCUGUAUGCUGAACCUAUUUUCUCAGAACACGGAGGUUUCCCCAAAGAAUUUUCAGAAAUAGUAGCACAAAAGAGUUUUGAACAAGGCUACCCAAGGUCUCGCAUGCCAGAAUUUACAGAUGAAGAGAGGAAAUUUGCGCGAGGAGCUUAUGACUUUUUCGGUGUAAACCAUUACUCUAGCACUCUCAUAUCGGCUACUUCCUACAAGGAAGAAUAUCCUAUUCCUUCCUUGUACGCCGAUGCUGAUGUUGGAAGAUACGUUCCUCCAGAAUGGCCACAAUCUGCCUCCAAAUGGCUAAUACAAGCACCAAACAGCGUUUACAACGCUUUAACUUUCUUGAUGAAGAGAUACAAUAACCCUAUAAUCUACAUCACGGAAAAUGGCUGGUCUAGCCCACCUGAAAAUGGAUUGUUGGAUGAUGACAGAAUUGGAUAUUAUAGGGCAGCUUUGAACAGUGCUUUGGAUACUAUCGAAGCUGGCGUCAAUCUCAAAGGUUAUAUGGCAUGGAGCUUAAUGGACAACUUCGAAUGGAACGAGGGAUACACGGAACGUUUUGGCUUAUAUCAAGUAGACUUCGAGAGCCCUGAAAAGACACGUACACCAAAAAAGUCAGCAUUUGUUUACAAGGAAAUUAUCAAAAGUCGUGUGAUCGACCCGAACUAUGAACCCACUACCCUUGAAAUGUGGAUUGAUGAAGGACAU